AGAAGCAUUAGUAUUUCGUUACCGUCGGGUAGCGCGGUUACAACUCUAUCACGCUAAUAUACGCUUUCUCUGGGUUUAGAUUAAUGUGGCGCGCCUUCUCAAGCGACCGUCCCAACCCGCUGCUAUCCAAUUUUCCAGUUUCAGUCAGAGUUCCGCCUAUUCACAGCGCCUUUGUUUUUUUUGUUUCUUCUUCUUCGUCUCUGUGCACCGCGCGCCUGCUCAUCCCGCUUUUCUAGCAAUCGAACGAGCAACGACACGCACACGAACGCCCCCACAUACGCCAUUGUGCUUCGAUUAGCUGCAACAAUGACGAUUUAGCAAUCUGCAAGCGGUCCGACGCACCCCACGGACUGCAAACAAUGGUGAGUGAGUGGCCCAAGCACACGUCGACGCGCACAACUACGAUGAGCAAUUACCAGCAUGGCGGUACAGCAGCAGCAUUAGACAAACGAUCCCGCAGUGCCGAAGAUCUUGCGGUCGGUGCGAAAACCAAGGCCAAGCUGGCCACCAACCGUUACCCGAGCGCUCCCAGCCUGGUGGACCAUGUAUCGGAGAUGGCGUUUGUGAUGCAUCGCUGUGCCAGCAGCAGCGACAGCAGCACCAACAGCCGCAACAGCAGUACCAACAGCACCACCAGCAACAAACGCAUUCCACCGUUCAACUACUACGACUGCAUCAAUCCAACAUCCGCCCCAUCAACGACGCCCCCUACGGGCCCGAUCGAGUAUGGCGAGUAUCAGGCGACACCCCCGACCAAACCCCGUCCGUCCGUCCAGAUGAGCUUCCUGGACGAUCUCGUACCACAGAAGGGGCGUCGGCUCCGGAAGCACUUCAACGAGCUGGAACCGUUCGAUGGGCAGUGCCGGUUCUGGACCGAUUCCCCGCUGGAACGGAUACAUCCGGAGCAGGGUUGCAUUCCCAUCCUGAAGGCGGUCUACUUUUCGCGCAACAACAACGAUCUAGACAAAGAGAACGCCCACUUUAAGCUGGCCGAAGCGCUCAUUUCGACCUUCGAGCUGCUCAAGUGGAAAAGUGCCAUGAACCGCACACCGAGCGGACUGUCGAAUCUCGACUGGGAGGUACCGGGUGCGGGUGGGGUCACGAUUCCCCGCGCAAGCGGUAGCAGCGAAAGCACCCAUACGCCCACCGAACGACCGGAUCCGCUGGAUGAAAGCUGCGAAGCAAUCGAAGCGAAGGAAAGCAUCUACGACGAACGGACGUACUCGGCGGAAGAGAUCGCGAUCAGUCUGCUCGGCAAGUUCCACGACAAACAGCUUCCGUCGGCAUGCGAUUUCCUUUGGCUAGUGUCGGAACAGGAUGCACCACAGAAACUGUUGCCCGUACCGAGCGGUGGUGUGAUCGAUCCGGACGAAACAUCCUGCCCGCCCGAUACCGGUACGCUGAUACGUGGGACGCAGGACUGGGCACCACCACGACCGCAGAUCAUCUUCACAUACCGACCACCGCCGCUAGAACGUCGUGCACAAAUCGUGAGACAGAGCAACCGUUGUGAAGGAUGCGGAAUUAAGGUGAACCCGGCCUAUUUAAGCCGCUAUCGAUACUGUCACUAUACGGGCAAGUACAAUUGCUCCGGUUGUCACAAAAAUCAGAUGGCCAUCAUACCGGCCCGAGUUAUCCAGCGCUGGGAUUUUACUGUGCUGCCCGUGAGCGUAUUUGCGUACCGUGUGCUGGGCGAUAUCUGGAGCACACCGCUCUACCGUGUAAACCAUCUCUAUCCGGAGCUGUACAGCAACGUGAAGAGCCUACGUAUGGUACGGCAGGCUCGCAUCAACGUGAAAUAUGUAAAAGACUUUAUCGUCAACUGUCGCCACUCGGACAGCGCGCGCCGUGUCUUCCAGGAAGUGCCUGAUUACUACAUCUCCGACCUCGAUAUGUGGUCGAUGGCGGACUUUCUCGCGGUCAAGAGUGGCGCCCUGCUGCGGCUGCUGCGAUCGAUCGUAUCGCGCUGCGAACAUCACAUCGUAUCGUGCGUGCUUUGUCUCGGUCGAGGCUUUGUGUGUGAAAAGUGUAUCGGCACACAGACAAAGGAGCGAAGCGUCCUGUUCCCUUGGCAGCCGCAUGUGGUGCGGUGCGAACAGUGCGGUAACUGCUACCACGAUGCUUGCUGGCGAAAGGACAAGCACUGUGACAAAUGCACCCGGAUGCAGCGGCGUCGUGCAACGGACCAACCGACAAAACGCUCGUAGAAGAAGGGGUGGGCCGACCAGAAAUACCAGCCCCGUGAGAUCGUUGGUUAGAACAGUGAAUGCAUCACACCGAACAGGCUCUGUGUGGGCAUGUGCCGCUUGGCCGAUGUAGGGAAGAUUAGAAGGAAGGGAAGGGAAUUAACUUAUUUUGCUAUCGCGCAUCGACCGUGCUUGUGUGCGUUUCAAUGUACAGAAUAUCUUUGCGUUUUUUUUGUUGUUGUUUCUCUUUCACGCCAUCGCACCCUGUGCUGGGUGGGAGGUAUUUACAUGUAUAAAAUAUAUACAUACACAUAUAUUUCCAUACAA